AUGGCACACCCAAGUGAUGGGGAUGCUUGGAAGCAUUUUGAUGAUACUUACCCCGAUUUCGCCUCCGAACCUCGAAAUGUUCGCCUUGGAUUGUGCACGGAUGGGUUUACACCAUAUGGAAAAUUUGGAGGAAAAUAUUCAUGUUGGCCAGUAAUUCUUACUCCAUACAACUUACCUCCAUCAAUGUGCAUGAAAAAACCGUUUAUGUUCCUUUCUUUGAUUGUCCCUGGUCCCAAAAAUCCUAAAGGGAACAUAGACGUGUACAUGCAACCAUUAGUUGAAGAGUUGAAACAAUUGUGGGAAUAUGGUGCAUCGACUUAUGACAUUUCAAAGAAACAGAAUUUUAAUUUACGUGCUGCUCUUAUGUGGACAAUAAGCGAUUUUCCAGCAUAUGGCAUGUUAUCAGGAUGGGUAACUGCAGGGGAAAAAGCAUGUCCUUAUUGCAUGGAUAAGAGUAAGGCAUUUUGGCUUCAAAAUGGAGGUAAAGUGACAUGGUUUGAUUGUCAUCGUCAAUACCUUCCACAAAACCAUCCUUUUCGAAAGAACAAAAAAGCUUUUCGAAAGAAUAUGGUUGAAAAAGAUGACCCUCCUCCAAAUCUUUGUGGGGAGGAUGUAUGGAAAUGCGUGUCAAUGCUACCUAAGACCACUGAUGGUCCCGAGGCCCUUAAGAGGUUGAAAAAGGAGAAAAUGGGGUGGUUCAAGCAAAGUAUAUUUUGGGAACUUCCUUAUUGGAAGGAUUUGUUGAUUCGACACAACUUAGAUGUCAUGCACAUUGAAAAAAAUUUCUUCGAUCAGCUCAUAAACAUAAUAAUGGAUGUGAAGGGACAAAGUUCAGAUUCUAUUAGUGCAAGGAAAGAUAUAACCCUUUAUUGUAAACGGCAAGAACAAGAGCUCACUAAGGAUGCAAGUGGAAAUCCAAGCAUGCCAAAAGCACCUUAUGCAUUAGAUAAAGCUCAAAGAAAAGUUUUAUGUGAAUGGGUUCGUAACUUAAAGUUCCCAGAUGGAUUUGCCUCGGAUUUGAGUAGAUGUGUUGAUCUCCAAUCAUGUAAGCUUUCUGGAAUGAAAAGUCAUGAUUGUCAUGUGUUUAUGGAAAGGUUACUACCUGUGGCUUUAAAAGAGUUGCUCCCCGUACAUGUCUGGAAUGUGGUGGUGGAAAUUAGCCAAUUUUUCCGAGAUUUAAGUUCUUACACAAUUCAAUUCGAGGACAUGGUUCGUUUAGAAAAGAACAUUCCAGAAAUCCUUUGCAAAUUGGAAAAGAUUUUCCCGCCAGCAUUUUUCAACUCCAUGGAACAUCUACCAAUUUAUUUGCCUUAUGAAGCAAAAAUUGGAGGACCAGUUCAGUAUAGAUGGAUGUAUCCGUUUGAAAGGUUUCUUAAUCACUUGAAACGUAAGGUUGGUAACAAGGCACGUGUGGAGGGUUCCAUAUGCAAUGCUUACCUAACAGAAGAAAUUGCAAACUUUUGUAGCAAUUAUUUCCAACCAGAAGUGGACACAAAAUCCAGAGAUUUGGGAAGGAAUGUUACUUCUACCGUAGAAAAUGAAAGUGAUCAAGAUAUACCUGAAAUCUUUAGGGAUGACGGAGGUCGUGCAUCGACUGAGGGUCGAUCACGAUUUCUUCAAGAUAUGGAGUAUGAACGUGCACAUCUUUAUGUCUUAGCAAACACUGGAAUGCUAGAUGACUUUGAAAGGAAGUUUGAGGAACACAUUGUCCAAACACAACCACACAUUAAAUUGGAAGAUGUGUGGAACAAAUGUGAAGGGCAAUUCCCAAAAUGGUUUAAAAUUGAUGUCCUUCAAUCAAUGACAAAUGAUGAUGUAGUACGAGCUCUUGCAAUGGGGCCAUCAAGACAAGUGAGGUCAUGGAACCAAUAUUAUGUGAAUGGAUACAACUUCAAACACAAGAAAGUGGACAACACAAGUCAACGAUGA